AUGCCGAAUGAGAACCUGUUUGUCCUGAGUAUGAUACAAAUUCUCUGUGGUCUGGCUGCAGUUAUACUCUCGGGCGUAGCGGUUACCAAGAUGGUCUUCCUUUACCAGAUGGCAACGGGGCUGUGGUCGGGCUUUCUAAUGCUAGCUACCGGCUUCCACGGCAUCCUCACCUCACGGCGUUGUAACCCACGGACUUUGAUCAGUCUUUUGGUUUUUUGUGUGCUUGUUGCAUUGGCUGCCUGUCUCCUGGCUUCUGUCUCGGUCGCCGGUCUAAUUGAAGAUGGACUUUUGCGCCCGGAAACAUCCUUUUCCGUCCUCAGUGCUCCCAAGGCCUCUGUCAGUGUGGCCUGCGCCGUACUCUGCUGUCGUCAGGUUUGUCCCUCUUCAGCUCCACCGAUCUCGGCCAUUAACUACCUCCGAAACCGGGGCGCCACUCUGAUUCCCGGCGGUGCUGAGUUCCUCUUAGCGGUGGCAGUCGAGCCGGAAAAAUCACCCCCAAUCCUCCUUGACUACAAGAUCCCACCGCCGGACUUUCACCCCUCUGUGCAGCCCUUCUUGCCGCGUCCCGGCCGUCGGGCCUUC